AUGCUUCUCAUCCCGGGUCUCCUAUUCGGCAGUUGCCUGGCUCAAUCAUGCUGGAACAGUGUCCAGUGCACAGGGCCUCUGGAACCGUCCUUCCCCGGUCCAUGGGAGUCCAACAUCUAUGCCCCGACGUCGAGAACCGUCCAGCCAAGAACCGUCCUCCGUUUGCCAGAUGGGGACCUUGUGUCUGAGUACACAAAUCCAUCCAACUUCAUCUUGGACAGCAGUACCUCUGACCUGGUCUUUGACUUCGGACUCGAAGUGGGUGGUCUCGUGUCUCUCGAAUACACCCUGACGGGCCCUCAGACUCAACUUGGACUUGCCUUUACCGAAGCAAAAGACCAUAUAGGAAGAACAUCCGACAGCUCCCGAGGUGGCGAUGGAGACGACAAGGCAAUCUUCGCGGAACUCAAACAGGUGUCGAAUGGAACAUAUACCAUGCCCCGUGCGAAGCUUCGUGGCGGAUUCCGCUACUUGACUCUGUUCCUUCCUUACUCUGCUUCCAACUCAACUCUAACAAUCACCAACGUCACCUUGGAACUGUCCUUCCAACCAACUUGGAGCAACCUCCGUGCAUAUCAGGGCUACUUCGACUCCUCGGACAGCCUGCUCAAUAGGAUCUGGUACGCCGGCGUCUGGACCCUGCAAUCUAACUCCAUCUCCGGUGACAGUGGUAUGAGAACGCCGAGCCCCAAUACUCUAGACGGGUGGGACAACAUCGAGGUCAUCAGCGAUCAAGAUACGGUGCUUGUCGACGGCGCCAAGAGAGACCGCUUGAUAUGGACUGGAGAUAUGGGGACUGCGCUUCCGAGUGUCUUUGUGAGUACCGGGGAGCUGAAGAGCGCAAGGAGUGCUCUUGCUGUUAUAUUCGCAAAUCAGGCGGACAAUGGCCAGUUUCCGAAGGCCGGACCGCCAAAUGCUCAACUAAACAGUGAUACAUACCACCUUUGGCAGCUAAUUGGCACGUACAACUACCUCCUCUACUCUGGAGACACGGCUUUUGUCGUCGACCACUGGCCUCAAUUCAUCAAAGGCCUUAACCGAAGCUUGAGCCUUCUAUCGCCCAAUGGCAUAGUCAAGGUCACUGCAGAGCGCGACUGGGGUCGGUUCACUUAUGGUGCGGAGCGUGCUUCGGCCAGUAUUUUACUAUAUCGGGCACUCACCGGUGGAGCAGCAAUGGCCAGCUGGCUCUCAGACUCGAUCACCGGAAAUUGGACGGAGUACUAUAACGACCAAGCACAGACCCUCAAGACGGCAAUCAUGGAACACCUCUGGGACGACAGCGUCGGCGCGUUCAAGGAUAGCCCUGACUCGGUUUUGUACCCUCAAGAUGCCAACAGCCUAGCGCUGGCGUACGGCGUGAUCACGCCGAACUCGAACAGCAGUCAAGCCGAGCGCAUAUCGGACUAUCUCACGACCAACUGGACGCCGAUCGGGCCUUCAUGCCCAGAACUUCCGGACAAUGUCUCUCCGUUCAUCUCAAGCAUUGAACUUGACGCACACUUCAAAGCCGGCCGUCCGGACCGCGCACUAACACUUAUCAGGGACCUGUGGGGAUGGUACCUGGACCAUGAAAACGGGACGCAGUCUACGACUCCGGAAGGAUAUACCGUCGAUGGUACUUGGGAGUAUAGACUGGAGAGAAGCUAUACCAAAGGCUCGCCCUAUCUUUCCCACUCCCAUGGCUGGAGUUCUGGUCCAACGUCUACUCUCACGGAGUAUAUGCUCGGCUUGCGGGUGACGAAGCCAGCGGGGGAGGAGUGGGUGUUGUCGCCGGCAGCUUUUACGGAGCUGGACAAGUUCGAAGGCGGUUUCACAACAUCCUAUGGCAAGUUUUCGGCCAGUGUCAAGGUUGAUGGGAAAGUUGCGAGAGUGGAAUGGAAUACGCCGCGGGGAACGAAGGGGGUCGUUGAUCUGCCUGGGCAUGAGCCGUUCCGGGUGCGCGGCGGUAAGGGCUCGCGUAAAGUGAGAAUAUGA